AUGGACCCUCUCGGGCCCGGCAAUGGCAGCGGGCACCCGCCAAACCGCCUCCGCAAGACUCCCACGCUCCAGAUCAACUCCCAGGUCCAGCGAGAGCCCAGCAACCCCUUCGCAGACGCCAGCAGCAGCAGCAACAACAACAUCUCCUCCGCCAGCACGCUCGCGGGGCCCUCGCCCAUCACGCCCCGGGCCCUCAUCUCGCCCCAGCAGCGCACCUUCUCGCCCUCCCCGGCUCCCGCUGACUCGCUCUCCCGCAACGAGUCCACCGAACGCCUCGCCGUGCCCGGGCCGGGAGGAAGCCUGCCUCGCUCGCGGGCCUACGUAGACGACUCCCAGAGCGGCUAUCCCUAUCCGACUUCUCAGAACCAGCAGCAGUUGCAGCAACAGCGUUAUUCAGGCGGUAAUGGUGGCGGCGGUGGUGGUGGUGGUGCGUAUGGUGCAGACUACACCAGCUUCUCCUCGCGGCGCACCAGCUGGAGUUCGGACGCGGCCAGUCGCCAUGCCAGCUACGGCUACGGAGGGUACACCUACUCGAGCCCGUUUGACGACUCGCGGGUGCCCUCGAGGGCCGGCAGCAGCGACGACGAAGGUGGCAUCACCACGCAGACCGUGACGGAGAAGUUUGCCAUCUUCCCGGACGGAGACCUGAUCGUGUACCCGCACGACGUCGAAAAGGACGACGAGCUGCACAACCCGGACCCCAACGACAAGGAGCGCAAGUGUGAUAUCUGGCACAAGCGAGGCAUCACCAACAUCGGUGCCCUGAUCUUCCUCAUCGGCGGUGUCUUGACCCUCUUCAUCGGAUAUCCUGUAAUAUCGUAUAUCCAGGGAUUGACGAGCAUCAAGGGAGGAUGUGCCGGUGACCCCAUGUGCAUAGACGCGGAUAUACCGCUGCUCAAGAACAUACGGACCGGCCUGAUCGAUCCAGACACGCCCAAGUCCGCCAUGAAGAAGAAGUCCGCCAACGGAAAGGACCUCGAGCUAGUGUUCUCCGACGAGUUCAAUCUCGAUGGACGGACCUUCUUCCAGGAAGACGACCCUUACCUGCAGGCCGUCGACAUCUGGUACGGUGUCACCCAGGAUCUCGAGUGGUAUGACCCCGAUGCUGUAACGACGAAGAACGGCAAGCUGGAACUCCGCUUCGACGCCUUCCAGAACCACUACCUCAACUACCGCUCCGGCAUGGUCCAGUCCUGGAACCAGAUGUGCUUCACCGGCGGCAGACUCGAGGCCAGCAUCUCCCUGCCCGGGCGAGGAGACGUCUCUGGUCUCUGGCCCGGUUUCUGGGCCAUGGGCAACCUAGGUAGACCCGGGUAUCCUGCCACCACAGACGGCAUGUGGCCCUACAGCUACCACGACAAGUGUGACGCCGGAAUCACUGCCAACCAGAGUGAUCCCGGCGGCCUCAGCUUCCUGCCGGGUAUGAGGCUUCCCGCCUGUACGUGUGACGAUGCGGACCAUCCCACGCCAGGCAAAUCACGCACCUCUCCCGAGAUAGACGUGAUCGAAGCCAGUGUCCACGCUCUGCAUGGCGAGAAGAAGCCCAUCAACGUCAUUGGAGACGUCUCCCAGAGUUGUCAGGUCGCUCCCUUUGACGUCUGGUACAUGCCAGACUACGCCAGGAAAAGAAAAAAUCAACUAACGAAAGCAGAUUUCACCGAGUUGUAUGACCCCGAAAUCACCAUCAUGAACGCCUACCGAGGAGGUGUCUACCAACAGGCCAUCUCCGGCGUCACCAACCUCAACAACAACUGGUACAACGGCAAGGAGUACCAGGUCUACGCCUUCGACUACAUCCCCGGCGACAAGGGCGAAAUCACCUGGUACGUAGGCAAGGAGAAGUCAUGGAAGCUCGACGCCCGCGCCCUCGGCCCCAACGGCAACGUCGGCCAGCGCGUCAUCCCCCGCGAGCCCAUGGCCCUGAUUGCAAACUUGGGCAUGUCCAACAGUUUCGCUGCCCUGAAUCUCACUGGCCUCGCGCCCCUGUUCCCCGCUACAAUGAGGAUAGAUUAUAUCCGCAUCUAUCAGGAAAAGGACAAGAAGAGCGUCACCUGUGAUCCGCCGGGAAUGGAGACAACAGACUACAUCAGGAAGCACAAGGAUGUUUAUCACAACCCCAACCUGACCACAUGGUAUGUUCAGAAUUCUCUCUUUCUGUCUCUCUUUUUAUUCUCGCUCGUUUUCUCCUUCUUUCAUUCUCGCUCUUUUUUUUUCCCACUUCAUAUAGCGCCAGCCUUGCUAACCGUUGGAUUUUUGUUCUUCCUACAGGGCGGAUACGGGCUAUCCUUGGCCGAAGAACAGCUUCGUGCAUGGUUGUGGUUGAGCCAUCUUGCUGGCACCGCGCCGUUCUCUCGGGCUGUUGUGGAUGGCCCUGGUAAAUAUAUCUCCCCCUUGCCACCCAGGCAAACAAGGGAUCUUUACUGUUGGAUGACUCGACGUUGCCUGGAUCCCUGUCUUCCUCCAACAUCCAUCGUUCAACUUGGGGCGACCUGGCUUAAGACACAUCACACCUCCUCUUCCUCCACCAAAAACACCAUCCACGCUACAUCCCGCCGUCAUGCCAUGCCGUGUCAUGCCAUGCUAUGCCAUCUCAAGCCAGCUCGAAUCGAGUCGAGCCUAAACAACCGAGAAACACGCACGAGUACCACAAAACAACCACACAAACACGCCAGAAAACGCAUACUAAAAAAAAAUGAGAAAAACGAAGCAAAUCAAAUCAUUCCAAAAACACGCCAAAAAGCAACGCAAGUCUAA